UGCAUAUAAAAUAUAUUAUAAUGUAUAUUGCUCUAUUGCUAGAUCUGAACAAAGAACGGAACAAUGACUAAACAGGAGAGACCAGAGAACAAGGAGAAUAUCGGAGUCAAAAAUGAUCUUCCCAGAGGACAGAAGGAGAAACCUGUUCUCAAAGAGAAGUUCGCCCUGCAGAACAGGAACGGAAAUGACGGAAAGAUCUCUGAGACCAAAGUUCUUGGUGAGGUAAAGAACUUGCAGAGUACUCGGAUCUUAAAGUCAAAUACCCCGAUCAAAUCAGAAGAAUCUGCUUUAAAGCCUGAAAAAAGGCCAGUCCUGAAACCCCGGAAUGAUGAUGUUCCAAGGGUUCCUAGGAGCACUCCUGUGGUAAAGGCUACUGCCAAGAAAUCCUACGCUAAAAGUAUCACAAUCCCGGAGCAAGUGCCAGAUCUAAGUGCUAGGAUUGCUACUCCUCCUAUCGCUAAAAAGGUUCCAGUAGAAACGGGGACAGUCCCAGCCAAAGAUCGAGUUUCGAUUAUCGAGAAAAGGAAGGAGGCUUCCAAGGAACAGGAACGGAAUGAGUACCUGAAGAUUGUAAGGAAUAGUAAUUACUCGUUCCAGAACUCCGACGGAUCCCCGGCGCUGCAGACGAGAAGUAUUCCUGUAUCUAGGAUAUCAGCGGAACCAAAUAUAAUAAUCAACUCUCCACAGAGGUUUGAAGAAAGGAGAUACAAUGAGAUCAGGCCAGAUAUUCGUGGGGUUAACCCUGUCUUUUCUGGAUCACCUCAGCUCUUUGCAGUGCUUGAUAAUAGUGGUAGAGAGGAACAGUGCUGGCCGAGGGAUGAGUUCAGAGUUACGGAGAAUAAUGUUAGUUUGGCUGGAUCUCCGUUCUCUCCUAGGUUUUCUAGUACUACUCAUGAUAUCUUCUCUUCAGGACUAUAUUCUCCUCCUCAGGUGAACCUGUUCCCAUUCCCUCCUCCCGUACACCAGCAGUACGUGGAACCUAUAGAUCAGGAGGGCGUCCCAGCUUUUGUUGAUAUAGACGGAUAUAUAACUCUACAUCUUAACCACAAGAUUGUGGUUGAUAUAUCAGCAAACAAGGCUAUUAGAAUUAGAGACGGGAAGAAUCAUACUGCCCUGGCAGUGUCUGCCUGUGGUCUACAGAUGGCCAUGGUUCAUCCUAAAGGACGUGUGCUCCAGUACGGAUCCAGGAUUGAGGUACAGUGCAUGGAUGAUAUCAGUGUAAAGAACGCCAAGAUGUAUCCUAAAGGUAUAAGUUUCACUGCUAACAACUGUACCCUGGUAUACCUGGUGGAUGUGGCUGGAGCUAGAACUACAUCAGAUAUGUUCCACGAUCUCUACGAGAACAACGUUGCUGAGACCCUCUUCAGGGAAUCGUGUAAACAGAAUCUGGAGGAUAGUGUGGAUAUCUGUUCUCUAGAGCUCAGUAAAGCUCAGUAUUGGAGAAACUAUAAGAACGAGGAUUGCUGGGUCUUUGGACAGAUCCAUAUACAACAGAAGCCGGACGGAUUAACUGUUGUGGAACGGAGAAAUGAUAAAGAGUUCAUCCUUCUCAAGUCUAGUCCAUCCACUGGGAAGGUAAGGUUGGGAAACAAGUUCGCCUCAAUAACCGCUAGUCUGGGAGAUCAGAGUCAUAUCUUCAUCAAGGCUCAGGAGAGGAGGAUGCACUACAACGGACAGAACUCCGUCUUCACUGUCAGGAAUGCUGGCCACGCCGCGGGAUUCGACGAGACAGGUCUUCUCCGUCUUUUCUAGAAUCCUAGAGAUCCUCCUUCAAAUAAAUUUUCCUUCUGGUUUUGGGAAAUUUUGUAUUUGAUUGAGGAUACACCCCUGCUUUUUGUGCCAAGUGAAAGAAAGAAUGAAUUUUUGGUCGCCCUUAAUCUGUUAAAUGUUGAUUAUUUGUAACCUGCUAAGUGCUCACGGAGAUAUUUUGAUUAAACCUACAACUAAAUUGAUUUUAAAUGAGAAGAUAUUUUUCAAUGUUGAUUAUUUGUAACCUGCUAAGUGCUCACGGAGAUAUUUUGAUUAAACCUACAACUAAAUUGAUUUUAAAUG